AUGGCCGAUACACCAUUAUCCAAAGAAGCACAACUCAGAGAGCAUGUUUGGGGCAUCAUCAAUGUGCUCCAAGCCCUCUUCUGGGGCCUUGUGGCUUCUCCAAAACGCAACAAACGUAUUCUUAAGAUUUCCUUGUCUUUGACUAUGGCCGUGGCUUUUACGUUACCUCCCAUAUUCUCAGAUUUCCACGGGGCAAAUCCAUUUUUACUCGGGACAGUUGCCAUUUACAUGUUUCCCGUCAAGACUAUUGGAGGGCAGCUUGUAGCUACAGCCAUCGGACUGAUAGGCGUCCUAAUAGCCCUUGGGUACUCAAACUUAGUUCUCUUUCUUGCCGCACUAAUCCAGGACGACGAUGAUGAGAACAUCGUUUUCGGCCGCCGAGUGUUUUUAUGGCUAUCUUUCGUUUUAAUUUCAUCAUUUUGCGGAUACAUCCGCUCCAAGUUCCCUCGUCUCUAUCUUGGUACAGUUCUAGGCAUGGUUGUCAACAUGUUUGCUAUUAUUAGAGGCGUCAACACCUUUGGACAAACUUUCCGGAAUUUCUUCUACGUCAUGGUAUUCGGAGCCUGUGUGUCUAUGGUCGUCGGUUUCGUUUUUUGGCCUGAAGAUCAUUCCUCUAUCCUUCGAGAUGAUAUGAUCGAUGGGGUAAAGGCAGCACAGAGUAUGAUGGAAUCGGUCCGGUGGGCUUUGAGGCAAGACUCGGGCCAAGAGAUCGAUAUCACUUCACUCAAGAACGCACAUUCAAAGAUCCAUGCUUCUCUACGAGAGGCUGGUUAUGAAAUCUCUGUUUCGAGGAUUCCAUCGUCGGAAUUCGUUCCUUUUGAUGUGGCCCUGGCCAAGCUGGUAUCUGCAGCACGGAUAUUCAACUCUGCCAUGCGAAGGAGAAACCGACUUUAUCCAAACCUCAGACGUCGCUUUGAAGAUCUCUUUCCACCUGCAACCAUACAUUCAACACGCACUUCUUCCGUGACAGUGGUCACAAGAGGAGAAAACAUGUCUGCUGCAAAAGAAACAGUUGACGAUACUUUUGUUAGCACAUCAGAAAUCUUCGACUCGAUGGCUCAAAGGAUUGAAGAGAUGUUUCGCGGACGUGAAGUCACCUCCGUGAUUGAUCAUGAAAAGUACUGGGCUAAGGUUAAUGAGAUCCCGGAGAAAUGGGACGCCGAAUCUAGCCAACGCUCGGUAUCAAGCACAAGAGAGCUCGAAGAAGCAGCAUAUCGAGAUCAAGUUAAUACCAUUCUGUUGGAAAUGUUUGACAUAGUAACGGAUAUCGCUGUGAUUGUUGAAGAAGAUUCUGCCACCGAGGAAGGGGGAGAGGCUAGUCAGGAUACCAUAGACCCGGAUGAGGACGAGGACUUGAUGCUUCGUGAAGCAACAACUCGAUUGGAUCGCUUUGGCAUCUUUCUUUCUGAUCUUUUGUGCUCGUUAAGGAACUCUCGCCAUAUAAAAUACGGAAUCAAGUUCGCUGUCGUCAUGGGUCUUCUAUCUCUCCCCGCUUUCAUUCAAAGAUGGUACAUUUGGUACGAGGACUUGAGGGUUCAAUGGGCCCUUAUUUCUGCCAUGGUGGCCAUGGAAACCACACGAGGAAUGACCUUCAGGACAGCUGGCAUGAAACUCCUUGGUGCUUUGAUGGGUGGGUUUUCGGCUUGGGCCGUCAUGUCGAUUGGACUUGGACAUUAUUACAGCUCGAUCUGUCUCACCCCAAUCAUUGGUUUGAUAGUUGGAUGUCUCGUUACAAACCCUAAAUACAUGAAAGCAGGAACAGUAUUUGCACUGGCGUACAACAUUAUACUCGGUGUCGCAACUGUCUUUCCGUCUCACGGAAAUGUCUCUGCUGCAUUUGCAAGGAGAAUUUUGACACUUCCUGUAGGUGUCGUCGUUGCCAUGGCCGUGCAUCUUAUGCUGUUCCCCUUCAAGUCUAGAAGUCACCUGGUGAAGGGCAUUUCACAUUCUCUUGACUGGCUACACCAUCUCUUAUUUGCCAUCGAGGCUAGCUCGCAAUAUCCAAGUCUCCAAGAAAAGUUCGACGAUAUGGCGAAGAAAGCUUCCAGCAGAGUCAAUUUUGCCAAGUUGCUAUUGCCAGCUACUGUAUACGAAGUCUCGCUUUCUGGACACUGGCCAUAUGAAAGAUUUGAGAGGAUUCUGGAAAAGGUGGAAGAUGUAAUGAUCCUGGUUAUCGGCGAGAAUGAUGGGAUACCAGUCAUGGCUAGGUCUGGGACCUGUGAAGGCUUGAGGCUGAAGCUGUUGGCGUCGCUCUGCAACGAUCUACUCGUGAUAUCCCACACGCUUAGUGCUAGACUAUUCAUGCCUCGAAACCAAUCUCUAUCAUCCUCUGUACUCAGCGAAUAUCAGACGUUCCUCUCGGCCAAGAUUGUAGCGGAAGAAGUUGUUAUCAAGAGGAAUUUCUCCGAUUUAGGAAGACUUUCAGAUCUGGUCAACGAAAUGAACUUGCUUCGUGAAGAUGUAGACGAGCUCAUCACCGAAACUCAAUGUCCCAAGAGGGGAUUAUUGCCGCAGUUAUCGUUCAUCAUCAAAAAGUCCAGGCCUGCCACGGCGGUCGCCAGUAUGGUAGAUGUGGAAGGUCAAGCCUUUGAGGAGCCACCGGUACUAGCGGUCCCAUACAACGAUGUCAGACCACCAAGCAGAGCUUAUUCACUCCCGCCCAACAUGCCUUAA